AUGGAUGGAACCAAACUGAUGAGGAAAGCAGACUCCUAUGCGGCGGAUCGAUGGAUCACGGAUAUGUUAACGUCUGUCUUUACCAAAACGGACAUCCCAGUAAACACGGUUUUUGGGCCUUGUGAUUUGAAUCACUCAUCGCUGUAUGACAGCAUUGCAUUCAUUGCUCUGAAAUGUUCGGACAGAAGGACCACACCUUACAUGUUGAAGGUGGACAUGUCCAGUGCUUCUUCAGAGAGUCCCUACUGUCUGCAGCUGGUUCAGUCUGCCAGAGAUGCUGAAGAGCAGAACCUGGAGGCAUAUGUGAAGGAUGGACAGCUGUUCUUUAGGGCUCUUAGGACAAUCCAGCAGGAUUCUGAACUGUUGGCAUGGUACAAGAAGGACCUAUCCCAACUACUGAGUCUCAUCUCAACUGAGUCUAAAGGAGUUCCACCCUACAUGUGCCCUUUCUGCAAACAGGGUUUUCAGUUUGAGUUUCCACUUCUGGCGCACCAAAGAUUUCUUUGUAAGGAGAGGUUUUUAAGUCUUACCUCCGACAGAGUUUCAAAAGAGAGCCUGCACUCUAAAGGGGACAAACCUGCAACAGACUUCCACAACCUAGCACGAGACCUGGAGAAUGGCAGAGCUCCCUCAAACAAGAUGGAAAAAGGAGGACACACCAAGAGAAAGCACUCAGAGAUGAAGGGAGAAGGCAGGGAUGAGCAUUUGUCGUCUUCUGCAUUGCAGGGAGACCAGUCAGUGAAGAGAGCGUGCAUUCAGAGAACUACCGCUCAGCUUUGCAUUCCAGUACCACAUCGCCAGACUAUCUUAGGCAACACCAGCACCGUCAGGAGUGCCUUUGAAUCCCAGCCAAGCUCAAAGGAAAGUGCUCAUGGAAAAAACGUCAUGGGUUCUGAGGGUCUCACCCAGUUGAACUGCAAACCUAAGAAGGAGCUGAUAGAAGCAUCUACACCCUCAUCUCACAGUGAUGCCAGCUCCACAAACAGCUCCAUCCACUCUGGAGAGGAGGAGAGGAAGAGUGCCUUUGUCCAGCCACCCAGGUCCUUCCCCCAGACCCACCCUAUGGUGAUGCCUCUUCCAGUGGGUCUCCCCCAACUCCCCAUCUCUGCGUCGAAGCUCCAGAGCACCGUGUUGCUCCAGGCCUCAAUGCACAGGCAAGGGUCUCUCCUCCUCAAUGCCAGCAGGGCCUGGCCCAAGCCCCUGGCCCCGACCCCGGUUCUCCGAAAGUCCGCCGGUGCGCCCCGCUCGCUCCUCUCCUACCCACUGUCUCCGCUCUCCCCUCUUGGCCUCCCGGCGCAGAACUGGUGUGCCAAGUGCAGCAUCUCCUUUCACAUGACCUCCGACCUGGUGCACCACAUGCGGUCUCAUCACAAGAGGGCGCCCUUCGAGGAGCAGGGGGCCAGGCAGAAGCGGGAGGACAGACUCAGGUGUCACAUCUGCCAGGAGUCUUUCAGAGAACGCCACCACCUCUCCCGUCACAUGACCUCUCACACAUAAAUAAACCUGUUUCCAGGGAAAUAAGCCUCUCACACAUAAACCUGUCUCCAUGGAAAUGAGCCUUUUGCUAAGGAUCUUCAGCCCAUGCAUGACGCCAUGUUGCCCAGUCACAGUAGCAUGUUUAGGUACUGAGGGGAAAGAAUUUCUCUGUCAAUUUGCUUGCUUUGCAAUAGAUACAAUGGACUUGCAAUAUUCAUUAAUGCAUGGAUGGACUUUGUAUUUAUUUUUGAAAAUAUUUGACUUCUUCAUUAAGUGAAUUCUUAGGCAGAUAUUGUUUAUAAUUUGUGAUUUGGAUUUGUAUGAUUCAAUGACACGAGUGGACAUGAAGUAACACUCAAUGGGCAAGUCUCUGACCAUCUUAACCACUAGAUGGUAGUAGAGUACUAUGAAUGAUCACAAUUGAUGCACAUUGACAAACAGCUUUUUUGAGGCCCUUUGUACUGCCACAGGGAGAUACAAAUAUAUUUU